AGCGCACUUAUUUGGGUACGACGUAUCUGGACGUUGCUAAAGGCGCGGUUGAGGUCUUUAUGAAGCUGCGUGCCCGAGACCCGGCUAGUAGAGGCGACAGGUACAUGCUAGUUACAUUCGAUGAUCCACCAUACGGAGUGAAGUCAGUGUUGGGCGCCUCUCCGGUGGCGAAAAACGGCAUUAUUUUUGCUCCAAAUGCCCGCAGACCUGGAGCUGCACUGCCUCCGACCAUCCAGCGGACAUUUUGCUUUUGUGUUGAGAAAAGUCUCGGGCGUUGAGAUGGAGGCGGAGAGAUUUAUUAUCGCCUAUGACGUCGCUCUUUUUUUGAAAGUACAGUGGCUAGAUUGGUCAAGAAGCCCGCCAAUCAUCCUCUACCCCGCCCCUCGCAUCAUCCGUGCAUUACUAUUGGCCGGCUGGAAGGAGAACCACGCCACCUUCAUGUGCGAACUGAAGAACCUGCAGGCAUCUGGGCUUACCACAUUAGGUCACGCCCUUCGCACAGCCUUUGACCUGCUGAACCUCAAUCGUCUCGUCUCAGGCAUAGACAAUUAUGGACAGGGUCGCAACCCCUUCUUCCUUGAGCCAUCUGUGAUCAUCACUAUCACUGAUGGGAACAAGCUCACACACAGCUCUGGGGUGCCAGAUGAGCUGCACCUGCCUCUGAACUCUCCGUUGGCAGGCAGUGAGCUGACCAAGGAACCAUUUCGCUGGGACCAGCGUCUGUUUGCAUUGGUGCUGAGGCUGCCAGGAGCAGCCACACCAGACAACGAGCAGCUUGGCAGCGUCCCCACAGAUGAGUCUGCCAUCACUCAAAUGUGUGAAGUCACUGGAGGGCGAUCAUACUGCGUGCGGACACAGAGGAUGCUGAACCAGUGUCUGGAGUCUCUGGUCCAAAAGGUUCAAAGUGGUGUUGUUAUUAAUUUUGAGAAGACAGGGCCAGAUCCGCCACUCGUUGGGGAAGACAACUCAGUGGAGUUGAGUCGUCCUAUGUCGUCCUUUGGCUCACAGCCGUGGCACAGUUGUCACAAACUCAUCUAUGUGCGACCAAACCCAAAGACGGGGGUUCCAGUUGGGCACUGGCCCAUACCAGAGUCCUUCUGGCCCGACCAGAAUUCUCCCACCCUGCCACCUCGCACUGCACAUCCUGUGGUGCGUUUCUCUUGUGUGGACUGUGAGCCCAUGGUGAUUGACAAGCUUCCCUUUGACAAGUAUGAACUGGAGCCAUCUCCACUCACCCAGUUCGUUUUGGAAAGGAAGUCUCCACACAUGUGCUGGCAGGUGUUUGUUAGCAGCAGUGCGAAGCAGAAUGACCUGGGGCAACCAUUUGGCUACCUUAAAGCCAGCACCACUCUCACCUGUGUCAACCUGUUUGUCAUGCCUUACAAUUACCCAGUCCUUCUUCCGCUCCUAGAUGAUUUGUUUAAAGUGCACAAACUAAAACCAAACCUCAAGUGGCGGCAAGCUUUUGAGAUGUACCUGAAGACGAUGCCUCCGUACUACCUCUUGCCCUUGAAAAAGGCAUUGAGGAUGAUGGGGGCGCCUAACCUUAUUGCCGAAACUUUGGACUGUGGCCUCAGUUACAGUGUUAUCUCCUACCUGAAGAAGCUCAGCCAGCAGGCAAAGAUGGAGUCAGAUCGCCUGAUCGUGUCUGUGGGGAAGAAGGCUCCCCAAGAAACUGGCAUCAAGGUGAAGAACCACUCCAACUCCCUCUCUCUGGCCCACCGUCGGGACUUCAAGCAGUUGCUGCAGGGAAUCACCGGAGAGGGGCCCCUUCGUCUGGUGGACAUGAACUUCAAAGAGUUUGCUGGCUUCCAGAUCGCCCUGCUCAACAAGGACGUAAAACCUCAAGCUUAUCGAAAUGCCUAUGACAUCCCAAGGCGUAACCUUCUGGAUCAGCUCACCCGAAUGCGCUCCAAUUUGCUGCGGACGUCACAAAAACUAAUACGAGGGCAAGACGAAGACUAUCUUCACAGUAUCCCGGUGGCACAAAUGGGAAACUAUCAGGAGUACCUAAAAAUGAUGCCUUCUCCCCUGAGAGAGAUCGACCCUGACCAACCCAAACGCUUGCACACAUUUGGGAAUCCUUUCAAGCAGGAUAAGAAGGGGAUGAUGAUCGAUGAGGCUGAUGAGUUUGUAGCAGGUCCUCAAAAUAAGAAAAGGGUCAAUUCUGGUGAUCCAAACUCAGGCGUCACUAUGAAGAGAAGGCGGAGUAUGUCCCCGUUACUGCGGCGGCCACAGACACCACCAGGCACCCCCAACCACGUGGUGGUGGGAAAGAAUCCAGCAGGGGUUCAAGGGCAGCAGAACCUCCUCAAACCCAUCCCACAGCAUAAAGGAGUGGAUGGCAACAACAUGGCGGUCACUGAGAGUAACGGAGAUGGGAUUCUUGGGCCUGAAUCGGGGGAAAUCUGGCCAGCAGAGCUGGACACUGUUGCAGAGAACCCAUCAUCAUUGAGCCUGGAGGAGAAGGCCGGGCUCGGAGAUGACGUCAACAUGAUAGAGGAGAAACUUGUGGAAGAUGAUCUAGAUGAGCAGCCGCUCGAGGAGAACCACAACUGUGAGGGACUGAGUCCACAGAGCCACCUAGAGGACCCUGAAGCUGACCCCACAGUGCUAGAGACCAUAUACAUAGCCCCACUAGAUGGCAGCCAAGCUGAGCUGAGGAGUCGGGUCAUCAAGGAGGUCCGCAAACCUGGAAGAAACUAUGAGGCAAUACUCAGACUACUGCAGCAGGUGAAAGGACCAGCAAAUGUUCAAAAGUACUUCAUCCAGCAUGCUAUCAGAGAGGCCAUUAGGUUCAAGAAGCGGGUGCUGAUCCAGCAACUAGAGAUAGCCCUUGCUAAGGUGGAUGAGAAGCACACGGCAUCUUCACAGCUUCCAAAUGAUCAUGGCAGUUAGUGAAGAAGCCACCUUGGGACUAAAAACAGGAAUGAGGCUCCUUUCGUCUAAGUAUUGACCAUCAGAUUCACCACCACAAAAGGGAGUUGAGAGGCCUCUAAAAGAUAAUUUGGGGACCUGUAGGAGAGAAAAAGGACAAAUGCACUGAUAGUAGAUGCUCUCACUGUCCCUGUUCUGUUACAUCACAUUCUGUUAGAGGUGGAGGGUGAGGGUUUUAACUGAAGGAGCAGCCUUCGGUACAGAUCCACUCCAGAUUAGUAAUGAGACUUUAAAUAUAAUCCUCUUUAUAUUGACAGAUGCCUUAAACAUGCAUAUGGCUUUUGUCUGUAUCGGCACAUUGUUUAGUAGACACACAUACACACACUCCGUUAGACAGAUACAGAAUAAGCCGUCAGAUCCUCAUAUAACCUCAUUAGUUGGGGGUGGACAGAGUCAUUCCUGUUAUUCUGCAGAAACAGAUCAUUCUUCAGUUGGUCUGAAAAGUGUUUGGUCCACCUAGGUAUACCUUGGAUUGUGAGUGUUCGAUCUGCAUAAAGGAUGAGGUACAGACAAUAACUGUGUUUUUCUGUACCAGACUGAUCCUGUUAUCUGAUAUUUUCCUAGCCAUAUCACCUCAUACUGAUAUGCAUUUGCAUUAAAAGGUAACCAGCUUUACACAUUAAAGUGUGUUUACAGGUCUUGAGGAGUAAUACUGAAUAUGUGAAAAAAGUUGUAUAGAGACUUUUGUGGCUCCAGAGGAAGCUGCAUGUAAUCUGAUACAUUACUGCCAGUGAUGUCAUUCAGUGAUUAAAUUGCAUUAUGGGUAAUGUAGGCACCAGGUUGUGCAAAGGAAGAAGAUCAUGUGAAGGUGACAGUGUUUUUGAUCAUUUUUAAACUGUCUAUUAUGAGUCUAACAGUGUAAUAGGAGUACAAUUCAUCACUGGAAGCAAUUCAUCAGAUUACAUGCAGCUUCUUCUGGAGCCACGAAAGACUUAAUGCUACUUUUUUCACAAUUAGUAUUCCGUAGUACUCCCCACAACCUAUAACAUACUUUAAUGUGUCAAAAUCAAGGGAGUUACCCUUUAAGGGUAGGCGAUAUGCAUAGAAUCUAUGAGUAUCUAUGUAAUUUCAUGUUACAGUAGCAAUAUGUAUUGUGAUAUAUUGCCAGUUUUCUUGAUAUUCAAUUAAGAAACAAUUGAAAGAUCAAUUAGUCAGUCUAUUUUUGGCUAAUCCAGUUGAUAGAAUAACAGAAAAACCUCGGUACAACAUCUGUUGAUACAAAAAUAUCUGCAUAUCCAGUAUUGCCAUAUUAAAGUGAUAGGUACCCCAGUUUAACUGAUAUGGCAUAUUUCUCACAUUUCUCUCACCUCAUGGUAUAUCUUGUCUGGUACAACCCAAUUCACUUUUUUUUUUCAGGCAUCAAGUCCAACAAAGUUUAGCCUGUAUCCUAAUUAAUUGGCUUUAAAAUGUUCAAAUUGGGUCCAUUUUCCUACAAUAUGACAUUUGUGUUGACAACCUUCAUACAGCAGUGCUUUCUAAUGCUGGAGCUGGACAGCAGUAGUAUAAAGAUGUACUACUAAGUUGGACUGUUCAUGAAAUUCCCUCCACAAGAUGAUUGUUUACUGGUUUAUUGAUUGAGGAUCAUUAUCCGGUUUCCUGCCAUUACAGCAAUAGAAGUUCAGUGAAUGCAGCUGUUGGAAUCCAUUUAGAGAUUUCUACUCCAACACACAUGCACACACAUACACUCACUCAGCGUCCUGUAAAUCUUACUCCACAGCACCACAAUCACUCCAUUGAUUCCCAGAAUCACAACUUCCUUAUGAGGAAUUUCAGCAUCUGUCAGGCUCAGUCGGCAGUCACCUGCUAUUUAACAGCCAAUAAUCUGCCCUCUGCUGCUUUUCACAUGAACCCACGUUAGUGCUCAUCCUCUAUUUCCCUCGUUUUUUAUGACAGAUGUACACUACUUUUUAUUGUUCAUAAGGAAUAGAGAUUAUUUUUGUGAAUUUGUUUAUUUCAGAGUAUAAGAAAUAUUUUGAAUUAAAUGUUUAAAACCAAUUUUGUAAACUGUUAAAUACGUCUAUAAAAUGGAAAGUUUUAUGAACCUUUUUUUAACAAAACAAAAAAUAAACCAGUGGUAGAAUGGUA